AUGAAGGUUCUAUGCGUGGCUGAGAAACCGUCAAUCGCAAAGUCAGUCAGUCAGAUAUUGUCAGGAGGACAAUAUACAACCCGCAAUACCACCAAUAAGUAUAUCAAGAACUACGAUUUCGACUAUCCACAAGCCAGAGCUUCUUUCACUGUGACUUGCGUCUCUGGCCACCUCUUGUCCCUUGACUUCGGCGAGAAUCAUCGCAAAUGGAACUCUUGUGAUCCUUUUGCGUUGUUUGAUGCUCCCGUGGUUUCGACUGUGGCUCCUGACAAGAAAUCUAUUGAGCAAAAUCUCAUCAACGAGGCCAAGAAAGCGCAGCAGCUGAUGAUUUGGACAGACUGUGAUAGAGAGGGAGAAAACAUUGGUGCCGAGAUAGCUUCAAUAUGUCGGAAGGCGCAGAAGCACAUUGUGGUAAAGCGAGCGAGAUUCAGUGCUAUCAUUUCUCAGCAGAUACAUCAUGCAGCGCAACAUCCUGUUGAACUAGAUCUUGCACAAGCCGCGGCAGUGGAUGCCCGUAUCAUGCUUGACCUUCGGGUUGGGGCAGCUCUCACUCGUAUGCAAACGCUUACUUUACAGGCCCGACUCAACGAAAUCAAAGACACUAUAUCCUAUGGCCCUUGUCAGUUCCCUACCCUGGGUUUUGUCGUGUCUCGAUAUAACCAAGUGAAAUCUUUCGUCGCUGAAAGUUUCUGGUUCAUAUAUCUGUCUGCUUUAUGUCGAUCAUCCACGGAGAGAGGAGAAACCGUGUUCACGUGGCGAAGGGGUCAUCUCUUUGAUUUUGACGUUGCGUUUGCCAUCUACGAGGCGGCUCUCUCUGACCGGGAAGCCCCUGCACGCGUCUCUAAAGUGACAAAAAAGAACACCAAGAAAUGGAAACCUCUUCCGUUGACAACGGUUGAAUUGCAAAAGGCUGGAUCUAGGCUCUUGAAAUUGGCUCCAAAGAAGAUUCUUGAUGUUGCAGAGGGACUGUACCAAAAAGGAUUUUUGUCGUAUCCUCGUACUGAAACAGAUCAAUUUGACCCUGAGUUUGACUUCAUGACUUUAAUUGAGAAGCAAACUGCAGACCCUGCAUGGGGUGGCUUCGCUACCAACCUUCGGAACGGUGGUUUCGUAGUGCCUCGACAAGGAAAGAACAACGAUCACGCACAUCCCCCCAUCCACCCCACUGCAUACGCAGGCAUUCUAGCUGGAGAUGAUAAAAGGGUAUACGAGUUCAUUGCGCGUCGCUUUCUCGCAUGUUGUUCUAAAGACGCGCUGGGCUUUGAGACGACUGUGGAUGUAUUAUAUGGAGGAGAGGAAUUCUAUGCUACCGAGAUUAAACUAACGCUCUGCAUAGGCCUUAUUGUUCUUGAGCGUAAUUACCUAGAUGUCUAUCCGUAUGACAAGUGGAACGGAAAGGAAAUAGAGGACUUCCAAGAAGGACAAGAGUUUAUGCCCAGCGUAUGUGAAUUGCGAGAGGGGCAGACUACAAAGCCGACCUUGCUAACCGAAGCUGAUUUGGUCGGGUUGAUGGACAAGAAUGGGAUCGGGACCGACGCAACGAUUGCACAACAUAUCCAGACCAUUAUUGACCGUGGAUAUGUAAUUGCGCGGAUGGAAGGUUCGAUGAAGUAUCUGGUCCCUUCAAUACUGGGCAUCGGGCUCGUAGACGGCUACAACGAGAUUGGGUUCGAACGGAGCCUGAGCAAACCACAACUGCGACGAGAGACUGAACGGAACAUGGUUCAAGUUUGUCAAGGUACCAAAACCAAGAACGAUAUGGUUGUUGAAGCCGUCGAGCAAUACAAGGAGAUGUUCGUCAAAGCCAAGAGAGAUUUUGAGAAAGUUGUUGCGGUAAAGUUUCUGUUCAAUUUACUCACGUAUUCGCUAAGCUGGGGCCGGACUGCAGAGUGUCCGAAAAUAUGUCACAGGUGCUGGCGGAGGAAAUGGUGGACCUCUAAAUGGCGGCGGCGGCGGUGGCGGUGGCGGUGGCGGUGGUGGUGGCGGUGGUGGUGGUCCUGGCGGCAGCGGUCGCGGGGGUGGUAG